AUGAUGUAUAAAAAUUAUUCACUCACACUUUUGUAUUAAAGUCUUUCUAUUCAACACUUAAAUGUACCCACCUCCGAGCCUGUUACAAAAAUUACCGAUAAAUAUUAAUUGGAUGAUUUCAUUGUUAGUACACGAAUAAGAUUCUUUCAAUUUGAAGAAAAAGUCAUUCUUCGAAUAAUUAAGGUGAGUACAAGAAUAACAUCAACUAAGCGGUUCGUGCAAUUUAAUUUUGUUAUUGAGAAUAGGUAUUAAUUAAUCAAUAACUAGAAUUCAAGUAUAUAAUGUCUAGUGA